ACCUGCAGUACUAGUCGGUGACUGCUUGCCCACAUCUAUUAUAUACAGACGACACACACGUAUAUACAGAUGUGUGUAAGAAAGAAGUUGAGGAAUAAGUAGUGUGCCCAGCAGCUGCCAUCCCACGGUCCUGUCAGGAGAAGACAAUGAGUGGCAUGGUGUUGUGCCGCCCUCCAGCCCCGGUGUGUGGCAGCAGAGCCGGUAACAAGAGGAUAGGGGCCCUCGGUGCAGGCAGGCGGCUCGGAGGGCUCCGGGGCUGCUAUCAUUUCCUAUGGCACACACUUGUCUGCUGGCAGCGGCUGGCUCUAGGUGUACAGGCAGCGGCUGUAGAUUGCGGCCGCACCACCUUAAGCGCCCGGGCCCCGCCCCCUCCGCGCGCUGACAUUGGCUGGAGCCGCUGUGAGGGAUUCAUUGCUGAAAUGCAAAACUUGUUGCUGCUGUGCGGGGCAGAGGAGACACACAGAGCGCGGGGCUGACACCCAGCACCGGGCACCGCUCACAAGCAGCAGCACUACCAUGCGGGUGGCACGGCUGAAAGUUGCAGGCGGUCGGCUGUGGAUGUAGUGAGCGGGCAUUGUGCUGUGUUACCGUGCUAUCCCUCAGGCCAGGCCCUCUCACCAUGUGAGCUCCGCAGUCAGGGCUCCGCACACGGCACCGCUCACACUUGGCGUCUUCCAGACACUGCGCUCCUGCAUCUGUCCCCGGAGCAGAGGACUGUCAUGACUUAUUGAUCAGUGUGUGGAAUUAUGUUCGGGCUGGAGCAGUUUGAGCCGCAGAUCAAUAGCAGAAGCGCUGGCCAAGGAGACAGGAGCUUCCCCCAGCCCGGGCUGAACAUGAGCUUCAAGAACCCUGCAUUCCACUCGGGGGGCUCCGCUGCCGCCGUGGACCCCUCCAUAGGAGCUAUGAACGAGCCUUCCAUGAUGGGCAUGAACCUCAACCUCAACGGAGAGCCUUAUGGGUACCAUGCCAGGGGGCACUCGGAGCUCCACGCUGGGGGCAUGCAGCCCGUCCAUGGCUUCUUCAAUAACCAGCAGCAGCAGCACCAUGGGCACGGCCACCCUCACCAGCAUCACCCUCACUUCAGUGGAAACUUUGGUGGUCCUCCUGAUGCCACAGCAUCUUGUCUGCACGGUGGACGUCUUAUGGGUUACAACAAUAAUCUGGGAAGCCAACAAGCUUUUGCUGAAGGGUAUGAACACCUGGCAGCAGAGAACCAGGCUGGAGAAGGCUUUACCCAGCAGAGAACUGGGAAUCUCCCCGAAUUUCAGCACCCCAACUCCACUGCCUCCAACCAUGCUGUCCCUGCGCCCUGCCUGCCCCUGGACCAGUCUCCCAACCGGGCUGCCUCCUUCCAUGGGCUUCCUUCCUCCACCUCUUCUGAUUCCCAUAGUUUGGAACAAAGGAGAAUCCACAACCAAGGGGGUGUCGAUCCACUGGAAUACAAUUAUCCCAGCGAUGGUCCGGCCGGACACUUUGAGGUACCUGUGUUUUCUCCUUCUGAUUCUGAGGGGCAUUAUGGUGCUGGGAGACAGGUUUCCGCUGGUUCUUUUCCUGGUGCUUCUGUUUUGCCAAGACCUCCCGGGAUAGUGGGCAUGCCUAAGGUUCACCCACAGCAACAGCAUGGGGUAUUCUUUGAGAGGUUUGGAGGUGCUCGAAAAAUGCCUGUGGGCAUGGAGCCUGCAGUCAAUGCCAGGCAUCCCCUCCUGCAACAACAGCAGCAGCAGACAGGUUUACUUGCCAGACAAAACUCUUGCCCGCCAACACUUACCAGGCAGCAGCAAACAGAAGGCAGUACAUCAAACACCAACCUGCCAGACAACGGACCAGUAAUGCAGAGCCAGCAUUCGCAGUUUGAGUACCCUAUCCAGAGACUAGAGAACAGAAAUAUGCAUCCUUAUUCAGAGUCAAUGUUCAACAUGCAGCAGGGACCUCCGCAGCAACCUCCAAAUCAAAGAUUGCAACACUUUGAUGCCCCUUACAUGAGUGUUACCAAAAGGCCCAGGUUUGACUUUCCAAAUAACCAUGGUGUUGAGAACUGUGCUGCCUGGAAUAACAACAGCAUUCACAAUGCCGGCAUGGACAGUCACCUUUCUCCUUCCACCUACCCAGGACUACCAGGUGACUAUACUCCCCAAGUGCCAGAAAGCUUCCCCCCUGGUCCAUCAUUGCAGCACCCUGGCCCAGACCACCAGUCCAUUCAGCAGAGACAAAAUGCAGCAAUGAUGAUCAAACAAAUGGCUUCCAGAAACCAACAGCAGAGAAUGCGACAGGCUAAUCUCCAGCAAUUGGGCCAUCAUGGAGACGUGAAUCAAAGCAGCAUUGUCCACGGAGGUCAAGUGGGGAGUAUGCCGCAGCCUAACUUUGAUCGUGAAGGUGGAAGGAUUGCUAACUUUGACCCCCAGAAUCCACAUGUGGGUCAGGAAAAUGCUUGGUUUCCUGGACCUCACCCACCGGGAGAUAUUCUGCAAAGGAGGAUGGGUGGGCCGAGUAUCCCGGCAGACCCUGCAGCCCACGAUAUUAACUUACAGCAGAAUGGGUCAAAUAUGCUUUUUAGGCCAGGUGUUAAUAGGAUGGGUCUUCAGGAGUCAUUGGGGAUGCCAGGGGAAGGGCAUGUCCAGGCCUUGCAUUCUCCAAGUAUGCACUCUCAGUUUGGCAACAACAUUACUAACUUAUCUCAAAUGCAGUCACCGGGUGGAGGGGUGGGCAUGAAUACUACUGCCAGUGACCGCAGAGGACCCCCAGAUUUCACCACACCAGGUAUAGGACAGCAGUCAGGCUUUCCAUUUGUUGGGCCAAAUAGACAGUCGACACCACACAAUCCAACAGGUGUAAAUUCAUCUCCAAGUUCCUACCCACCUCAGUCUGAUUUCCAAUCUAGCCAGCGCUCCACAGCUAGUAAACUGGGGGCACUUUCCCUUGGUUCCUUCACUAAACCUAGUGCAAAAGAAAAUAUGUUUGGACAAAGCUGUUUAGCUGCCCUUUCCACGGCCUGUCAGAAUAUGAUUGCCAGCUUAGGUGCCCCAAACCUCAAUGUAACAUUUAAUAAAAAAAGCCAAGCUGAGGGGAAAAGAAAGCUGAGCCAAACUGAGAAUGAACUAAAUAACAACAGUGGAAAUGGCACUAGUUCUGAAUAUUUCCCUGGGGGCUCUUCUCAAGGCAGCCAGGGGCCUGGUGCUUCCAGUAAUAACAGCAAACCUGCAGGGCAAAAUGGGGUAUCCCAAGCCGCACAGGGAGAAACAAGCCUAUCCCCAAACUACAGUAUGGAAGUUACUCCUGGCAAUGAUGGCAAACCAGUUACUGGUGGUGGACGUGGGAGGGGUAGGAGAAAAAGAGACAGUGGACAUGUGAGCCCAGGUAAUUAUUUUGAUAAAUAUUCUGCAGACAGUGGGGGCGCUGUGGUCAGCCCAGGGCAACAGGGCCAGUCUGCCAAUACUGUAGAGCCUGGUGGGACUCCACAUGACAAGCCUCUAACUUCUCCAUCUUGGGCGAAAGGGGGUGAGCUACUACUUAGUGAUCAACCUGACCUCAUGUCAUCUUUGGACAGUGGAAUUCAAAGUGUGACUAAAUCAGAUAGUAGCUCGCCUCACGUUGACUUCUCUGAAGAUGUCAACACUACGUAUGGCAAUGAAGAUGAAGUUUCUUCUAGUUCAGAUAACAACAUAUCUAAACCAAGUAACUGUCCUUUGGUAACAGGGUCUCCAAAAAUUCAACGGAAUGAACACGGACUUCUUAAUGGACAAAAACCGAUGGGUCUAAAUAUGCUAAAUAACACUACCUCUCUCCCGGACAGUUAUGGGUUGAGCAGUACUGGGGCUGGCCAUCCUGGCACUCCAGGGAUGGAACAGGUCCGCACUCCAACUAGCACAUCAACCCAGGAUGAGAUCCACCCUCUAGAGAUACUGCAAGCACAGAUACAACUUCAGAGACAGCAGUUCAGCAUUUCUGAAGACCAACCCUUGGGGAUGAAGAAUAAAAAAACUGACUGUACUACUCAAAGUGUGGACAGUGAAUUGAACAGUUGUUGCUCUGAAAAUAUCAAAAAUUCUAUGAGUACGAUAGACCUUGACUCUCUCAUGGCAGAGCAUAAUUCUUCCUGGUACAUGCCUAAUGAGAAAUCAUUGAUGGAGGGAGAAGAAGACGACAAAUCUAUCACCCCUUGGGAUAAAUCAAAGAGCCAACAAACCAACAAAGAAGCCCAUGAUCUUCCCCAGAACAAGACCUCAGCAGCGGCACAGAAUGGAAGCCAUUUGCAGUGCCUCUCAGUUCACUGCACAGAUGAUAUUGGGGAGUCAAAGGGUAGGACUCCUGUUCCUACGUGGAGAUCCCUUCAUUCUGAUAUCUCCAACAGAUUUGGGACUUUUGUUGCUGCCCUAACUUGAAAAAUAGAAAGAAAACCCACAUUUUUUUUUCACUUUCCUAAGAAGCCGCUAAAGAUAGGUGGACUAAUUUUUUUUAGAUUGGUACCUGUUUAGUGGCUUUUGGACUUGCAAGGGUUAGUUUGAAAUAAACCUCAUAUUUUUGGAUCUUUUUGCCACAGUAUGAUACCAGUGUUAAUUCUUCUUCAUCCAGCACACUUUGCGCAUUUUUCUUACUUUUAUUUACGUCAUUUCCCUGUUUCUCUGUAAACUUGAUGUAUGGUUUAUCUGGGCUAGAGAAGGGCUUUUGUAUGUCAAAAUUAUAUAUGUAUUUACCUUGGUUUUUCUUUUUUAGUGCUACAUAAAAAUAUUAUUUCUUUUGUAAGAAAAAAAAUUGACAUUUCUAUUAAUCUUUUGUAUCAUAAUAGACACGGCCGAUCCACGGGAAAAGAAAUAAUAUUGUUGGGACCUUCUUUAUUAUUUUGUGAUCCCUAUAUUAACCACAAAGAAAAUGUUACCCAGUCUUCUUUUUUAUUUAUUUAUUAUUUUCCCCCCUUGGACUCUAACUCAACUUCUAAAUGGAUGCUCUCAGCUAUUUUGCACAUGAGGUUAUAUGUCAGCUUAUAUUUUUGGGUGAUUUGUUGCAAGGUAAAUGACAUAGAAGAUAUUUUACGCAUACAGAGGUAAAAUGCAAGAAUUCCUACACCCCAUGCUUAAAAAUCCAAGAUAACAAACGGACAUAUAUUUUAGUUGUUAUUUGCCCCCCUUGGCAUGUUAGUUGGCAAUCCGUCUUUGACUCCUGACUGGUCAGGUUGUCUACAUCGGAAGGUACUUCUUUGGUGAGCUUGAUAUUUAGGCCUAAAUUUAUCAAACCAUGAGGACAGUUUAUUGCACAAACACUCUUGGUGUCUGCUAUCAAUAUUUACAUUAAUAUCAUUCAUAAAUGUUUGAUUAUUAUUACGCAGAACUGUACAGUGUUCCACGUCUAGGAAUGCCAUAGCAGGCUACACAUUUCAUGGUUACUUGUUGGGGUGUUGUGAUCUUCCCAUGUUCAGCAAGGCUCAUUCCUUUCCAUAAAACUUGUUAUUUGCAAAAUAUUAAUGCCAACAGAUUACAUUUAAUAAAAAUGAACUGUAUAAUCUUAUUUCAUCUGGUAUUUCUAUUGAGUUCUUCUGCAUAAGGAUUUAAAUGCAAUAUGGCGGGGGGAAUUCCCUAAGAACGCCAUUUGGCAUGAGGUCUUCAGUAAACUCUUACUGCUGUUGGUUUCAGCAAAUUCAUUGAAGGGGUUAUCCAGGAGAAAA